AGAGAGAGAGAGAGAGAGAGAGAGAGAGAGAGAGAGAGAGAGAGAGAGAGAGAGAGAGAGAGAGAGAGAGAGAUGGAAGUCAUGAAGUCAUGCAAGUACUGCACAUGAUUGGAGGGAUGGGAGAAACAAGUUAUGCAAACAACUCAUUGCUUCAGAGAAAGGUGAUAUUGAUGACGAAGCCCAUAAUGGAGGCAGCCGUCACAGCUCUCUUCUCGACCGCCGCCACCACCUUCCCGACGAGCCUUGCCAUCGCGGACUUGGGCUGUUCCACUGGCCCCAACACUCUCUUCGCUGUGUCCGAGAUCAUCAGCAUCAUGAUCAAUCUCUGCAAGGCAACGAAGCAUGAACUGCCGGAGUUCCAAGUGUUCUUGAACGAUCUCCCGGGGAACGACUUCAACACCAUCUUCAGCAGCUUCUUGCCGAGAUUCCAAGAGAAGCUGAGCGAGCAAAUGAAGAGCCAGAACGGAGUGUCGACAACACUGCCAUGCUUCUUCAGUGGCGUUCCUGGUUCUUUCUAUGGGAGAUUGUUCCCCCGGGAGAGCUUGCACUUGAUUCAUUCUUCAUACAGCCUCAUGUGGCUGUCUCAGGUGCCACGAGGCCUAGAGGGAAACAGAGGCAACAUAUACAUGGCGAGAUCGAGCCCUCCGAAGGUGCUUAGGGCAUACUACGAGCAAUUCCAGAGGGACUUCUUGACGUUCUUGGAGUGUCGUGGGCAAGAGUUGGUGGUGGGAGGGCGUAUGGUUUUGACCCUCCUGGGUCGAAGAAGCGACGAUCCUUCGAGCAAAGAGUGUUGCUACAUUUGGGAGCUCUUAGCUAUUGCUCUCAAUGAAAUGGUCUCCGAGGGACUCAUAGAAGAAGAGAAACUGGACUCCUUCAACAUCCCUCAGUAUACACCCUCACCAAAAGAAGUACGAAGGGAGGUCCAAAAGCAUGGCUCAUUCUCAAUUGAUUGCUUGGAGGUGUCCGAAGUGAAUUGGAGUGUAUUUGACUCUGAUUUUGACCCAAAUGUUGUGUCAGAGGAUGGGGGAUACAGUAUGGCCAGGUGCAUGAGAGCCGUGGCCGAGCCAUUACUCGUUGAUCACUUUGGCGAGGAGAUCAUAGAUGAGGUCUUCAAGAGGUAUAGGGCUCAACUCGCUGAUCGCAUGUCCAAGGAAAAGACCGCAUUUGUCAAUGUCGUCAUCUCGCUAAAGAAGAUCGCCUAGAUAAAUCGCAUAAAUUCCAGAAUGAACACAUUACAUCUAUAUGCACGUUUAUGGAGAAGGUGAUAUAUGAAUGUCACAAGUGUGCUUAAUAUAGUUUGAAGAAGGUGUGGCUGUUUCACUUGUAUUACUUCUUAUGUCUUAUCACGUGUAAACAAAAUGCCAGAAACUUGCUGCAAGUUGAAGGGCUUGACAUUUGGGA